CGGCGGAGCGGAGGGUGCGCAGGGGAGGGAAGGGCCGGCGGCCGCGCCGAGGGAGUGAGUCACCUGACCGCUGCCCGCGCCGCCCGCCGCGCGCUCGCCGCCGUCAGUCGGGCCGCGCCGCGCUUCGGCUCUGGUGCAGGACGGUAAGAAGCAUGCUCUCCUCUGCAUACCCGACUCCACUGGCUGUGCAGGAUGUCUCUGCGUGAGAACCCGGUGUUUGCCUACGAGUCUUCGGUGCACAGCACCAACGUCUUGCUCAGCCUCAACGACCAGCGGAAGAAGGACGUGCUGUGCGACGUCACUGUCCUCGUGGAGGGCCAGCGGUUCCGUGCCCACCGGUCAGUGCUGGCGGCAUGCAGCAGUUACUUCCACGCCAGAAUCGUAGGCCAGGCUGACGCAGAGCUUAACAUUACUCUACCAGAAGAGGUGACAGUUAAAGGAUUUGAACCUUUAAUUCAGUUUGCCUACACUGCUAAGCUAAUUUUAAGCAAAGACAAUGUGGAUGAAGUGUGCAAGUGUGUGGAAUUUUUAAGUGUACACAAUAUUGAGGAGUCCUGUUUUCAGUUUCUCAAAUUUAAGUUUUUGGACCCCACUGCAGACCAGCAAGAAUGCCCAAGGAAAAAAUGCUUUUCAUCCCAGUGUCAGAAAACAGACCUUAAAUGUUCACUUUUGGACCAGAAGGAUCUAGAAAUUGAUGAAGUAGAGGAGUUUCUGGAAAAUAAAAAUGUUGAGACUCCUCAGUGUAAACUCCAGAGGUAUCAAGGAAAUGUAAAAACUUCACCUCCCCUGCAAGACAGUGCCAGUCAGACGUAUGAAUCCAUGUGCUUGGAGAAGGGUUCUGCUCUGGCUCUGCCAUCUUUAUGCCCCAAAUACAGAAAAUUCCAGAAAGCGUUUGGAACGGACAGAGUCCGCACUGUGGAAUCCAGUGUCAAAGACAUUCAUGCUGCUUCUGUUCAGCCAAAUGAGACAUGUGAAAAUGAAUAUCUAGGGGGAGUCCAGGACUCUGCGGAUUUGCAGGUGAUUUUAAAAUGUGAAGAGAGGAAGUUAGCAAUGGAACACGAAGAAACCAAGAAAAAGGAUCCUGCUCCUCAGUGCCCAGCAGAAAAAACAGAAACGACUCCUUUCCUCCACAGUUCUUCUGCAGAUCCUCAUGGGCUGUAUUCUCUGUCUCUUUUACACACAUAUGACCAAUACAGUGACUUGAAUUUUGCUGGCAUGCAAACCACAGCAGUGAAAACAGAGAAACCUUUGUCAGGUACAGGUGUUCAAGAAGAGAAAACACUUGGUGAAAGUCAAGAUGUACAUUUGAAAUCUGACUCGGGCCCCAGGGAGGAUGGUAGCAUUGCAUCUAGUGAUCGGAGUAGUGUGGAGCGAGAGGUGGCAGAGCACCUAGCAAAAGGCUUUUGGAGUGACAUCUGCAGCACCGACUCUCCUUGCCAGAUGCAGGUACCUGCUGUGGCCAAAGAUGGCUCAGAGCAGAUCUACUCCCAGAAGCGGUCUGAGUGUCCCUGGUUAGGUAUCAGAAUCAGUGAGAGCCCAGAACCAGGUCAGAGGACUUUUACAACACUGAGUUCUGUCAACUGCCCUUUUAUAAGUACUCUGAGUACUGAAGGCUGUUCAAGCAGUUUGGAAAUUGGAAACGAUGAUUAUGUUUCAGAACCCCAGCAGGAACCGUGUCCUUAUGCUUGCGUGAUCAGCUUGGGUGACGAUUCCGAGACUGACACAGAAGGCGACAGUGAAUCCUGUUCAGCCAGAGAACAGGAAUGUGAGGUAAAACUGCCCUUUAAUGCACAACGAAUAAUUUCACUCUCUCGAAAUGAUUUUCAAUCCUUGUUGAAAAUGCACAAACUGACCCCAGAGCAGCUGGAUUGUAUCCAUGACAUUCGGAGAAGAAGUAAAAACAGAAUUGCUGCACAGCGCUGUCGCAAGAGAAAACUUGACUGUAUACAGAAUCUUGAAUCAGAAAUUGAGAAACUGCAAAAUGAGAAGGAGAGCUUGCUGAAGGAGAGAGAUCACAUUUUGUCCACUCUGGGUGAGACAAAGCAGAACCUGACUGGGCUUUGCCAGAAAGUCUGUAAAGAAGCAGCUCUGAGUCAAGAGCAAAUACAGAUCCUCGCCAAGUACUCAGCAUCUGAUUGCCCACUUUCGUUUUUAAUUUCUGAAAAAGGAAAAAGUACUCCUGAUGGGGAACUCUCGUUACCAUCAGUUUUCAGUCUAUCUGGUGGGCCUCUAACUGCGCUGCCUCCCGAUGGGAGAGGAAGCAGCGAGGCCAGCUAUGUCCGGGGACAGGAGUCCACUUCCACCACAGCCUCUGAGCCAGCCGGGCUGGUGGAGCAGAGGCAGAGUGGCGGGAUCUCUGACUUCUGUCAGCAGAUGACUGAUAAAUGCACUACUGAUGAGUAAACUUGGAUUCCCUUCUUCCAGCCCAGCAGAUUUUCUACUGACGUUUGGCAUUGUCUUGAAAGCCUAAUAAGGCCAUCCCUUACUUACUGUGUUCUCCCCUGCUAGCUUUCUGUUCAGGAAAUUUCUCUCCAGUCAACCCUGAUUUCUCCUUGAUUUCCAUAAGACACAGAAGUGAUUUGUUUUCCAGAUACUGAAAAAAACCACAUGUGAAAAUGCAGUAAGCCUUUAAAGCUUGCAUUUUAAAGAAUAAAAUAACUUCCCAGUAUUCAAAACGACUAUGAGAACGAAAACUACAGCAUGUCCAACAGUCUAACAGCUUAAAACAUCUCCAGACAGCUCCUGCUGAAGAAGCAGCCUGCAGAGCUUUAAUAACUGACCUUUUUGCAAUGUACUGGUUUAAAGAAAAUACCUCCCCAAGCAAUGCUAAUCAGAGUUCCAGUCCACGUAGCAGGAGGGUGUCGGUGUGGGGAAUGUUUGUGUAGAGCUGCAGGUGUGAAAAGUAAGUCCUCUUGCCGAAUCCCAGAACUUUCCUCCACGCCCCCUGCCAGAACCAAGGGACUUCUAAGGAGGAUCGAGAAGCAGGCAGGAGUUGACAUCAGGUGGGGGCUUCUGCUCCUCCAUGUUAUUGACUAUAGAAUUUCUGGCUGCACUGCAGUAGUAGAUAAGUGUCAUUUUCCCUCUUUUCCCCUCUAAAGUAUCUUCACCAUCUGAGCCCAUUGUGAAAUUUCUGUUUCCUGAUGUUGUUACCCCUUGGCAGGAGAGCCAGGACUCAGGGUGUCAUGGCCUGAGUGAGUGCACUGGCAGCCAGAACUCGGACCCCCAGGAUCCAGGGGAGCGUGCCAAAAUACAAGACCGUUCACUCUUCUGCCCUAAGUCACAGAUGCCGGGAAAGCAGGCAUUGCAGUCGGUUGGGGAUUGCCUGCAUUUACCCGGAGUGCAAUUCAUUUUUCAUCCUAUUUUUAAAGUCCUAUGGUGUACUUCUAAAAAGCAUUAUUGUAGUUAACAGUGUGUCUACAACUCCGCAGGUUUGUGAAAAAGGAUGAAACUUGAUCUUGUUUGUUUAUGGGUUUGCAUUUGGGAACCAGGUUUAUUUCUACUUUCUUUCCCUAUUUUGAUGUGUUAUAAAGGCACACAGAUCAUUAUUCUCAGGCAUUUUAAAAAUCGAUCUUUGUGUCUGUCUGAUCCUAUUAUAAGAUGUGUUUGUAAUCUAAGUACCUAUCCCAUAACAUAUUACAGUGCUGCUUAACCAUUCUGGAAUUGCAGAUUUGAGAGUCAGAUGCAAGGUAUAGACCUCAAUAAUUAAAAAAGAAAAUAUACAGGUUUAGCAUCCUUAAUUGAGAAUCCAAAAUGCUCCAAAAUCUAAAACUGUUUGAGUGUUGACUUGAUGCUGUAGAAAAAUUCCACACCUGAUCUCAUGUAAUUGGUAGCACUCAAAACAUGAGCACACAAAGAAUAUUAUUUUAAAAAAUAACAAUAGGCCAUGAUGUAUAUGAAACAAAUAAAAUUUUGUCUUUAGACUUAAAUCCUGUCCCCAAGAUAUCUCAUUAUAUCUAUAUAUAUGUACAUAUACAUACAUACAUAUAUAUAUGUGUAUAUAUAUAUACAUCUCUUCAAAUAUUCUAAAAGUUUAAAAAACAGUGUCUGAAAUCUGUCACACUCUAGUCCCAGUCAUUUCAGAUAAUGAAUACGCAACCUGUAUCCACAUUUGUACAAAUAUUUUGCAGAAGCCAGUUUCCAAGGGUGAAAAGUAGUUUAUUUGAAAUGGAAAGUACUUUAUUUCAUCCUGUCAGUUGACUUGAAAAUGACACUUCUCGAGCCUGCACCCUCAGUCCAGUGAAGGGCUUGGGUAGCUUUAAAGGGGAGAUGACCACCCACUGUGUGUGCAUGAAGCAGAAGCAAGUAGGGUGUUAGACCUUGAAAGAAUAGGGGGACCAGUCUCAGUAUUUCAGAGCAAUUUGUUCAACAUUAUUCGUGUUCAUGGGGGAUAGGGUAUCUUUAGUGUAUAUUCAGUGUUUUUAUGUUAUCUCUGUUAUUGAUAUUGACUUGGAAGAGAAAACUAGUUGGGAUUGUGUUCUGGAAGCUUUCAAAAGUACACGCGACUUGUUAGGGAGAAUGAUCUUUCUAUGAUAAUGCAUCCCGUCCUAUGAAAGAAUUGUGUGUGCGUGUGUGUGUGUGUGUGUGUGCGCGCGUACCUGUGUGUAUACCUCUGCAUGUAGAUAUUUCUUCGGUAUUUGUAAUUUUAAAUUUCAACUUAGCAUAUAAAAUAAUAUAAAAACUUUUCUGGUUUACAAAGUGUAAAAUCUUAUCCAAGCCAAUGGAAUCCUUGAUUUCCUACCUCAUUGUACACUCAGCGGUCUGUCCUUCGGUUUGUGCAAAUGUCGAAUAACCAUUUGCUUUAAUUGCAACUGUAGAUAUUUGCUUUGAAAAGUUACUGUUUUAUGAUAAAAUCUAGUUGUCGUCACAGUUUAAAUAUAUAGAUUUUAAGGCACUUGGUUUAAAUUUCUCUACAGCUAUGAAGUUUAGCAUUAAGGAUUUGUUUUAAUGGUAUCUGAUAAUUGGCCAAGUGUAGUGUUUCUUAAAUUUAGCCUAACUUUUAAUAGCCAGCAUGUAAUACAAGUAACUACACUACCUCAUACCUCCAUGAUUUUCAAGUUGUAUUAUAGAUGGACAGAAAAGAUUUUAUCUUUGUCUUUUGGCCGUAAGGUGGGGAAGUUUUCUAUAUAUUGCAUAGCAUUAUACAUUUAUGCCUACUCUGAUGUUAACUUCUAAAGAAGUUUUUUCUAAGAAAAUUUGUUUCAAGGAAAUUUUUUUUUGAGGCUGCCGAAGACAAAUGAUAGGAUUAUGUGUAUACAGUGUAUGCCUUUUCCUUCAUGCAAAAUUUUGAAAAUGUCGUUUUCAUUUUGUAUAUUGCAUAUUUACAUGAUCAUUGUUCCUUAUUUUAUGAACUGGCCUUCUCAGUGCUUGAUGAUCUUUUAAAAGCUCAGUAAAAUCAUAUUACCUUAAAAUUUUUCUUAUUUGAAUAGCUAUAGCAAAUAAUUGGUUAAAUUAUUAUAUUCAAAACAAUUGUGGAUAUAACUUUGGUUCUCCAUCUGUAUGUUUUAUAGCAGUUUAGCUUAAUGCUUAAUCAAUUUUAAAUAAGGAAUUAAAAGUAUUUGAUGCAGUAGACAAUAUAGAUUGCAUGUGGACAUUCAGCCACGUUAACAACUUGGAAAAACAAAUGGCAAUGUUAUAAUGAAUUCUCAGGUGAACUUUUAUCAGUUAUGAAACAUCUAUUUUGAACUUGUAAAUAUUUUAAAUGUUUUAUUAAGGCAUGUAAUAAAACUAUUCUUUGAAACCUGUUGGGUAGAAUGAAAAUUUAAAGCCAUAUGGUAAAAGAUGGCAUACUGAUUGUAAAAUAAACAGAAAUAAUAACAUUGUUGAUUUUUUUGUAUCUUUCAUAUUAUAAUUUUCUAACAAUGCAAUAAAACCACUAAACUUACAUAUCCAUGUCCUAUUAAAACCAUGUGUCAUUAAAAGUACACUUUCAUAGUAUUUAAUUUACAUUUUCUUCUUAAUGUGCUUAUCUAAAUGUAGUAAAACUAUGUUAAUGAAAAAUUAACAGUAAAAUAAAAUUCUCUAAAAUCACU